GUCAAAAACUCUGUCGCUCGGCACCGUGUCGCCGCCGCGAUGUCGGCGCUCCUGAUCGAAUGGCUCAAUCGCGACUUGCACCUCGAUCGUCGUGUCACGUCCGUCGAGAAGGACCUGAGCAAUGGCUACUUGCUUGGUCAAGUGCUGCGAGAGCUCGAGGUGGACCUUUCGUUCCCGGCAGGGUAUGUCGACAACGACACAGUCGCAGCCAUGGUGGGCAACAUGGAGCAGCUGUCGAUUGCAUUGCGGUCGCACGGAAUUCCAUUCACCGUCGACAUCGCGCGAGGCAUCAUGAUGGAGAAGAAAGGCGCUGCGACCAAGGUCUUGAUGGAUCUUCACACGCACAUGGAGAAGCGCAAGACCAAGGCCAAGCACGUCGUGCCAUCGACCUUGUCGGUUCGGCCACCUGCCAACGGCAAUCGCCACCUUCCCACUACCGAUCCCCAUGACACGACAGAGCGCUUUGUCGAAACCUUGAUCAAAUCCGUCGACCCUGCCGACGUGAACAACCACAACCGCAUCGACAUGGCCAUUCACUUGCGCAAGUUCUCGGAAUUUAUGUGGCAGUCGGACGAUGCCACUGCCGCGCACCUUGCGUCGAAAUCGCAAGCGUCGGCGGCCGCGAGCGCAGAGCGCCGACACGAUGAACAAACCCAUACCCACGAAAAACAAAAGUUUCUGCAGCAGUGGACGGACAACGGCGAAAAGGCAUGGGCUCUCAACCAAGCGGUGCAAUCCACCCGUGAAGCGACGGAGCUCCAGUUUGAACUGAGCCUCCGCGAGAAGCGCCGCCUCGUCGUGGUCCAGCAAAACGACCGGGCGGCCGCGGAUCUCCACGAUGGCGUUGCAGGUUUUGAGAAGAACUUUAAACGGCUUGGCAUUAGCACCGGCGACGAAGACUCGAAUGCGCGACUCGCUCCGAUUCAAGGCACCGGGCUCGAGCACGUCGCCACGUUGGAGACACGCGUGGAGGCGUGUCAAUUUCGCCCGGCGAGCAACGUCCAGAUGAUGAAAGAGCUCCGAGAACGGCGAAAAGUCCACUUGAGUGCCCACAAAGAGCGCGCGAGCCGGCGGCGGAAGAUGCUCGUCGAUCAGACUCGCAACACAAUCGAGAUUCACCGGAAACAAGAGGAAACGCAGUUGCUGAAUCGCCUCUUGCACGUUGGCAAGGGCAGGCGCGAAGUACUGGCUGUGCUAUGGCAAGAACAGCACGACCACACUCAUGCCAAAGCGGUCAGAGCGACGCAGUUAGCAACCCGAGUAGAAGAAGCUUCGAUGCGAAUGGAAGCGGCGGUCAAAAACAGCCUCGACGUUUUGCAUGUCGUAGCUACGGCGACGCCCCGCGUUCGGGAGAAGGAAGUUCAAGCCCGCGCAGCCAAAGAAGCAACCAUGGCCGCUGCAUUGAAACGACAUGAAGGUCAUGUGCACGCAUGCCGAGAAGUCGUGCACACUUUGAUCGAUAUGGUAUGGGUCAUGAUUGUGCACAGGAGUGCCAUGUCGAAAGCCCCCAUGGCGCCGCAAACGUACCGCGCUCUUAAACAAGCGUUUGUUGAUGGGACGGUGACCCCCAAGCCAAAGAAAAAUGCCCACACAGCCAAGGGCCACAGCGGCACGGAGGUAGCCAUGCUGCUCUCCAACUACAUGCAAGGAACGGGGGCAUUCGAUGCCCCCGCAUUUGGCCCGACGGACACCCCACCGUCACACGACAUCGACGUGGUGGUGACCACGUUGCAUGACCUCAGUUCCAAGUCGCGGGACGACAUUGUCACGGCGAAGUGGAAGCCGCUCUCGCGUCCGUUUCUCUUGUGCUGGUACGCCAAGGACCCGACCUGCGGCGUGGCAAAAGCGCUCGCCGACGACACGGACUUACAACUUGUCACCAUCGACUCCUGCGUCGACAAGGCUGUCAAGCUCGGCGAACGGGUCAAAGGCGGCGAGAAGUUGAGCCCGUACGAGUCCGAGUUGGCGGCACUGGGCUCUAAAAUUCUGGCGUUGCGGGCCAAAAACAGUGUGGUCUCCGACGCAAUCGUCAGCGAUGUUGUGAAUAAGGCAGUGGUUUGGAUGUUUGUGCAUCCUCCAGCAUCGUUUGUCGGGUGUAUUCUAUUGAAUUUUCCAAGGUCGAGAGACGAAGCCAAAGUGUUCGAGGUCGAGAUGGUCCGGCGGUUGACGCAUUUGAGUGAUGUCGAGUGUACCGCCCGCGUGAGCCAGCUCCAUCCUGUUCUGGAUGACAAGACUUCGUUGUCGGAAGCCGACCUGCUUGCGCGACCGCCGCCAGUGUCCAGCAUCGAUUGGGUCGUUUUCGUGGAUGCGUCGGAUGAAGCAGCGCUUGCCACUUCUCUGGAUGAGUCUGCCAAGGAAGCGCUCCACACCAAAAUAGCGUCGUGGAAAGCACUCCAAGCCGCGCUCACCGCGUUCUGGAAACCAUUUGGAUGCGUUUACACGAUCGAUCCAACAACGUCCACUGCAUUUGCCACGGCGGAAGUGCUGCAUUUGCUGUUGGAGCUCGUCGCCGCGCCAGACGCGCAGUUGUCUCUGCAUGCGUCCAACGCACGAGACAAAGAUGCAUUUUCCCACACACUUGAACAAGCCAAGCAAGAACGACGGGCGACUUUUCAACUCCCGGAGCUCUUGUACACGCAAGAACUGGCCGGAGAACGUCCCCCCUUGCCCCAGGAAUUGUUUGCAACAUUGUACGACACACUGGCUGUGCAGGGCGUGCAUGCCAUUCAAUCCAAGCGAAAGGCCCUCUUUGCAGACCUUUACGAUUGCUUCCUGCAGCUCUCGGAACACGUUUGUGAGCUACGGACGUCAUUUUGCAACGCUCUUUGUGGUUGUGGCCAGCAGCGCCACAUUGACUCGACUGCCCAAACGUUGCGAGCACUGACUAGCACCAACCAACGGAUGCAAACCAAGAAAUUGACGUCCGCCCUCGAAGUCACGUUGGGCGACAUGGUCGAUGCAUCUUGCAAAGCCGCCAACGAAUUCCUCCGUGCGCGACAGCCCCUGCUAUCCCCCUCCACGAUGAUGGCUCACGUGAACGAGUGGCUCGAACAACUUGUGGCAUGUGAACUGAGUGCAUUGGAAAGCCGCGCGGCGGCACUGGACGUGUAUUUUUACCAGGUUGAAAACAUCGCGCUGCCGGAGCGACCGGACUCGACGUCCGUUCCGUCAAACGUGCAACCGCUCAUGGAUGCACUUGUACGAGCUUGUUCAAAUUCUCGCUUUGAUUCCCUUCUUGCUCCACUCGCCGCGUUCGUACCGCCACGUCCUGCGGCACUCCCCGAGGACGCUUCCACCGUUACUGCGCUGACAGAAUCGGAAGCGGUGCAACCCCCACUGGAGGCGGAUGCUGCGAGAAGCUUACCGUCCCGGGUGGUGGCGACCAAUUGUCACAGCGGUGACGCUCGACGACAUCGCAUUGUUUGGAAUGAACGAGCGCUGAUCCUUCGACGAGUCCUUGCCGCCAUUGAAUUUGUCGCGCAGCUCGUUCGACGUGUCGAAUCUAUCGACGUAUUGGAACGCCAAAGCUUGAACAACGUCACGGUCGAAUAUCUGCGGCAAGAACAUGCAUGCAUUCAGCACGUUCUAAAAGAGCUGAUGCAACCUCCACCGCCGCAACAACCAUCCCGUGGUCCAGCCGCGACGUGGCCCCGUUCUCAAAACCUCACCACACCAUGGAUUCGUCACAACGUCGAUAUACGUGGCCACGAAUCGUUUUUGCACCUUCAUCACGUCGUUGUGCUCGUCAAAGCGCUCUCGUCGUCUCCCCACCAAGACAAUGGCAUCGUCGAGCUGUCCCAUUUCAGCAAGAUUGUGCGUGAAACAGCCAUUCGGCACAACGAACGUGUCCGCGACGAGCCACUGUUUCCCGAUAGCUGGACCAACUUUGCACGAAUCUCGCGUGGGGCGCUACCAUUUUGUGCCGGACCAAAUCGAGUGGACUGGCGGCGAUUUUGUCUGAGUGUGUUCGUUGCCCAGUGGGUGCCACCGCCACGAACAAAGCAGUUGCGUGCUCUGUUAUCCCAAGCGAAGCAUGACAAGCCGUCGUCGACGAUUGCAGAUAUGUUCUGGACGAAAAAUGUGUUCACCACGCUGGCCAUGUGGUUUGACCCCGUUGUCGACCAACCCGCUGUCGUAAAGGACUGCCUGUACGAUAUGUUUGGUCAGGAUGGACGCGUGUACAUGGCGCAGUUUUUGUUGCAUUGGUGCAUGUCGACGUACCCAACGGAGAUUGCAACUGCGUUGCACGCGAGCUUGGCGCCGUUUCCGAGGGGAUUGGCACGUGCCUUUCGAGUCUUACAAGCGAUGCCGCCGUCGUCGCCUCCAUCGUGGGACGCAUCGAAACUUGGCUUGUUGCUCAAGACAAGCCACGUCGCGGCCGACGACAUUCCGUCGAUCCUAGACAAGUUUGACUAUGGCGCUGGCGACGACGACGUGGCAUCGUUCGUGCACCAGUGCCAAGUCCACAUUCCAUCUCUUGCACGUCACUGGGACUAUCACAACGUCUACAAUCACUUUGUGGAGUAGCAGACUAUGGCAAACGCUAUCAGCAUCUAACAAACUCUUUCGACGUAUCGUCUCUUGGCGCUUUCCACG